CAUCUUUAUUGUGGGCAGAGGCGCCAGUCACAAAGAUGGCGUGCGCUGGGCCGACGGAUGGAGCGGUUAGCGGGCGGGCUGAGGCCGCGGCUCCGGAGUGGCGACCGCCGCCCCGGGAGCGCUCGCUGAUGGAUAUCGGCGACCAGAUUCACCGCUGGAAUCGCGUGAAGAGCCAGCUGAAUUUGCAGAGCGACGAGGCGAUGGCUCGGACCCUGCUGGAUGCGUUUGUGAAGAUCCACAUGAGCCAUGCCAGCCCUAGCCAGAACGAGCAUGAAGCCUCUUGCGUUGAAGAAGUUGUGGUGACUCACGCUGCCCUUGGGAAAGGUGAUGCUGUCCACAACACCAGCUCCUUCUGGCCUCCGGCAGCCGUCAGUAAAGUACGGAGGCUUGCAGUCCGCACCCAGUCAUGGAAGAAAGGUCGCUCUGAGGAGUCGAAGCACAAGGGCAGGAGGUCCCGGUCAGAAAGAAGUGCCAGGCGUGGCUGUCUCGUUCUUCCAAAGAUUGGAUCUGAUAACACUGGGCAGGUGGCUGAGCGGCUGCCAUUGGCGAGGCUGCCCUUGCCAUUGGAAGAGGCCAGCCGAGAUGUGCGGAGGCGGCACAGACACAAGAUCUUCAUUGGAGACCAGCGAGUUCGUUGGAACUCUCUGAAAACGCGUCUCGAGGUGAGGAGUGACGAGGAAAUGGCCAAGAUUCUGCUGGAUAUCUUUAUAGAAAAUCAGAUGAAUCAGCCAGGGCCGAGCUGUGAUUUCCUGGAGGCUGCUCCUGACGAGAGAGUAGCUAUCACUUGCGAUACAGUCACAGAACAAGAUGAUUUGGACAGCUUCCCCUCGUUGUCUCAGUCAGCAGGCUCGGAAUCGACAGUCACCCUGUCACAUCCCAGCAGCAUCGACAGUUUUGAGGAGGAUGCUGACGCCGACCUCUUCAGCGGCACAGACUCUCCGUCAGGGAGCAGCAACAGACUUCCGGCCGCAGCACACAGAAGAGCCAGAGCCCUGCUCGCUAAUCACGAGACGCGGUCAGAGAAAGAGGAGGGAGAAUGGGAGCUGGGCAGCAAGAACCACAAGUUCAAACGCUGUACAUUCAGCAGCAAAGUAUCGGAUCAAAGGAAUAACGAGAUGGAAUUGAUAGACUCUUCAAACGCACUUACCAAGGAGCCGGAGCGGCAACACUCUCUUGAUAGGGAAAUUAUUGCUGUCUGCAUCGGGGAAGGGGGUGUCCCAACCUGUGCUACAAUCAAGAAAGAGCAAGAGGAGCUGUACAGUCUGCCUUCGCCAGCAGCGUCUGCCUUCUCCGGGACCACAGUGACCCUGUCACAUCCGAGCAGUGAUGUCAGCGUUGAAGAGGAGUGCUUUGUCAACACAACAGUGGCAUCAGAGAGUGAGACCGAGGGGACAGAGAUGGUGACCAAUCGGAGAAAGAGACCUGCCCUCCCAGAUGAAGACUCCAAGGGCAGCAAUGUGCAAUGGGAUCGUCCCGGGCUGUUGGAUAUUGGAGCGGAGAUUGAUCGUUGGAACUUUGUGAAGGGUUAUUUGAAGCUAAAGACUGAUGAAGAGAUGGCAGGGGUGUUACUGGACUUAUACAUGAAGACGCACGCAAGUCCACCCCAUCCACUGACUCCAUUCCCCGUGUUUGUGAAGAAAGUGUGAGAAGCUUCCCCCAGUAGUAAGGUCAAGCAGAGCGGAGCAGCGCGGUGUUUGCAGCCAUGAAUGGCUAGCACGGCCGGCACCAGUGAGCCAGGAACUGCCUGCUUUUGCGGCCCAGGAUCAGAGUUGGGAGCUAGCAUCUCGCAUCCAGGCAGGUAACGUUCCAGUGAAUCCUGCACACUCCCUACAGCUACCACAUCUUUCCAGUGGCGUAGUGAGUGGAACUGUACCUGGUGUGACGGGACGCUGGUGUUAGCGAGAGCCCUUCUGAAUCCUCGUUCCGUUGCAGGUAACGUUCCAGUGAAUCCUGCACACUCCCUACAGCUACCACAUCUUUCCAGUGGCGUAGUGAGUGGAACUGUACCUGGUGUGACGGGACGCUGGUAUUAGCGAGAGCCCUUCUGAAUCCUCGUUCCGUUGCAGGUAACAUUCCAGUGAAUCCUGCACACUCCCUACAGCUACCACAUCUUUCCAGUGGUGUAGUGAGUGGAACUGUACCUGGUGUCUAGGGACGCUGGUGUUAGUGAGAGCCCUUCUGAAUCCUCGUUCCAUUGCAGGUCCUGGAUGAGGAAGCCUGAGACCAGCGCAUGUCCCUCCCCACCUCCAGUGGCUCAGGAUGUCCCGAGCAGACGUGCUACAGCAACUUUGAUCGCGAUGUGAUGCCAGGCAGUUGGAUUAUUUAUUUUUAUAUAGAUAUGUGAACACGUGUUCUGUAUUUUUGUAGAAGUUUCUAAAGUGAGGGAAACAAUAUGUUGGAUUUUAUGAAC